GACAAAAAUGUCGUUGACCGUUGUUGUGUCAGUCAAAAUUUUGACUGAAUGAAUCUUUGUUUACUAACGAAAAAGCAUAAUUUACUAUAAUAGUUAAUUUUUAAAAGCACAAAAGAAAUAUGUCAAUAAAUGUGACUGUCAACGGUAAUCCGGUGAAUAUACGAAAAGGACGAAUGGUCCUGUCAGAUUUGGAUCAAAUCAAGAAAAAUGAACGCGAUCGCCGAAGGAGGUUACGUCUCGAACAGUCUCGACAGCAAUCGAAGGAAAUAUCAAAUAGACUCUUGGAGCGUGCAAGAAAUGCGGCUCAAAAGGAAUUGAGCCGUCUUGAGAAGGAUGGCAAGUGUGAGCUUAAACAGAUGCACGAUAGAAAAAUAAUGGAUAUGCAGCAAAAGUAUCAGGAAGAUAUGGAAGAUAUUGGUCAGGCUCAUUUAGCAGCAACACUUCAACCAGAUGUCGAUGCAAUUAUAGAAGCCGAAGCUAGAAGAAAUAGAGCUCUUGCUAUCGAAAGAGGAAGAGAAGCUGCCCAGAAAUUAAAAGACGCCGAAGUGAGAGAAGACGCUCGAUUGUUACAACAGGAGAGAAUGAAAAAAGUUCGUGAAAAGGAAAAUUCUCGAGCAGCAGCUAUGGUUGAAAAAUCGAAACAAUCUAUUAAUAAGGACGAAAAAAUAGUUCCAGAGCCGUAUCAUCAAAGUGAUGAGGCAAUAAUUGAAAUUCACGGCGAUAAUUCCAGGAAAACGAAGAUCAUUAAAUCUCCUUCUAAAAAAUCACCCAUCAAAGUUGUGACAAAAUCGAACGUCAAGGUGGUCGCGAAUCAUUCGAAAUUGAAAAGCCACACUGGAUCUUCCGAAACACGAAGAAAAAGUAAAGAGAAAGAGCAAAGAAGACAUUUUAAUUCGAAAAAUCGUGCGAGAACUCAAGAACUAAAUUCUUCUACUGCUUCACGAAUUGCAACCAAUCCCGAUUCUGAUAUUGACGAUUUGGAAGAAACUCCCGCAAUAAAUAUAAAUAUUCCCUCUACAAAAUCUAGCAAAUAUUCCAGAUACAAUCCACAAGAUUAUAUUCACGAAUCAAUGGAAUCGAGUAGCAGCAGUGUUGACGGUAGUGACAGUAGUAGUUCGAGUUCAACAGGCGAAGAUUCUUCCUACUUUUCGGAUGCUGCCGAUCCUCCGAUUAUAAAGAGAAAUCCAAAAUAUAAAACCUCAGAGAAAAGUAAAGUUCAACUCUAUGAUCAUAAUACAAGACAGAAGAACGCCUACGAAAGACCUGCGGGAAUCGUUCAACGAAUCGAUUUUACAAACGAGCCGAAUGCUGAAGAUUUAGCCAGAGAAGUUCUCGAAUCGGAAAAUGCGAAUGCCGAAUUAUUGAAAAAGCGAAAGACAAAUGCCGACCGUCGAGGACAAGAUGCAUUGCUCCGGGAAAAAAUUCGUCGUGAUUAUCAAAAUAUGAUGGAAAAUUUGGAGCAUCUAGCACGGGAUGAACGCAAAUUAAAAGCGAGUCAAAUUCACGAACCUCCGAAUCUACACAUGUCGCCAAUGAGAAAAAAGGAGAUGCAAAAGAAGCGUCAGAGAAAAAUGAAUCGCGCUCUAGAAGGAAUUUUACGAGCCUCUGAGGAACCACCCUACACACUGACGGAAAAAAUCGUCACCCUAAAACCACAAGACGAUCAUCAACAGGAUUUACAAUUUCAUCCCGACGCUUCUUGGCAAGCUCCGCCAUUCAACACUCCCACUUCGCCGCGAUCGCCCGAGAGAAAAGAUAGUUUCGACGAAUUAUCCCGCGAGGAGCAAAUUCUCGAACUCCUGCAAAAAGUCGAAAGACAAAAGAGAAUUUUACUCCGUGAAUUUGGCGCUCAUCUCCCGCCCGACGUAUUCACGCCUAGAAUUGUCGAAACAAAAAAUCCCGUUCACAAUCCAUCGCCUGAAAUUCAAGUUAUAAACAUGUCGACAAGAGAGGAAAACACACAGACGAAAAUUGAGAAAGAGGACAAAGUAAACAAAGUGAAUAAAGUGAACAAUGUUGAGAAAGUGAAAACGAAACAGUCGGAAAUUGCCGUACAGACUUCGACGAUAGAGAACGAAACUGCCGAGGAUAAAGGAGUACAAGUAGAACUGACACAAGAUCCUAAAGAAACAACCGAGUCGACAGUAGGCGAUAAAAGUAAAAAAGUCGAUCAAGUUGUCGACAAUCAAAAAACACAUCCACUCGAGCCAAUCGUCAAGAUCGUCACGCCGGAAAUCGACGACAGCAGCAGUGGAUCCUCCAUCAUCACCGACCUCGUGAUAAACUUCGACAAAAAACAAGUCCAAGUCACUCCAAAGCGAAGAAAAAAAGGAACACUAAAACUCCUCCGUAAAUCCUCCCCCCUAACUUCCAAAUCACGUCCAAUAAAUCCAUCCAAUAAAUCCACAACACCAACAAAAAAACCAAAAUCCGCCCCCGUGUCAAGACUCCCAACACCGAAAAAAUCUCCCAAAUUGCAGCAAAAACGAAAAGAAGAAUUCCCCACCGAAGUCGAUGGUCUCACCAUCGACUCAAGUACAGACAAUUCCCAAAUGUAUUCCACAUCAAAAAAUGAAUCGUCCUCCAUUGGAAAAGUUUACAUCCAAACACGAUCAUCGAAGAAAACAAUAAGAAUUCGCGACGCCUCCGAUACAACAUCAACAUCGUACGCAAGUCCACCAAAUCCACAGGCAGCAGCACUUUUGAAUCAUGGCAAUCUCACCGAUAUGACACCAAUUCUAGAAUUACUCGAUUCUCGGGCAAUUGACGCACUACAUGUGCGUAAAUCGCAAAUAAGUCCCGUCUCAACACCCGAGACACCAUCGCCAAGAACCAUUAAAUUACCAUCAAAUGUUCCCAAUCCAGAGAAAAUUAGCAAAAUGUUAAAAUUCGUGGACAAUACGAAUGAAGGUGAUAAAAGGCCAAGACAACAAAUUAAUAAUCAAGUUACAUUUGAUCGACGCCAAUUAUUUCAACCAUCGUCAACAUUAAAAAGUCCCCAGAAAUCAAUGCAGGCAUGUAAUUGCAAAAAUCCAAAUUGUAAAAUGCAUUUUGAUGAAACUGAUAAUAAUCAGGCUUUGAAGAAUUGUCCCGAGAUUCAGAAAUUAUAUGAAGAAUUGGAGAAUGUUUGUGCCGAGAGAAUUGCAUCGUUGACGGAUCUUAUCAAAAAAUUACGCAACGAACCAAAAAUUCUUUCAACAGGAAACGAUUUUUCACUAAUAUCACCACCGCCACCACCACAGGAUAAAACAAGUUUCCUACAAUUAUCAACAUCAAGUAUUCCCCGAAAUUUAAAAGACGUUCGCAAUCUAGUGGAGAAUGUGGAAGCAAUAAAUAAUCAACUCGCCAAAACACUUCAAGAAUCGAGAAAAAUAAUAGCUGGAGAAGGAAUUGAUUUACCAAAACCACCAUUGGACUUUUCGCAAAUUCAAAAAUCUCCCGAUUUCAGCGAUUCAAAAUCAAAAGAAUCAACAUCAUCAAGUAAUGACGAUAAUGAUAAUGAUGAUGGUGACGACGACGACGAUGAUGACGAUCCUAGUGAAAAAUUAAAACCAAAAAUUCUUAGCCAAGAAACAGUGAAACUGAAUCUCGAUAAAUUUCGUUUGUUUCAAAAUCCUUCGAAAAUUGAUUUAAAAAGUGGAGGGACAACAGGACACGAAGAUAUUGUUGAGAAAAUUUCCAACGAAAUUUUACAACAAAGUAAAAGUGUUGACAAGUCAUUGGGUUUUGUAACACUUGAAUCAUUCAAAGAAACCGACAGUUAUCUCGCAAUGAAGGAGGAAUUCGAUUUCCGUGAAUUUGAUUCGAUUGAUGAACAAAAUGACAGGAAUGUCCUGGAGCGAAGGACUUCUCAAAGUCCCAAGAAAAAAGAAGAUUUUAUUCCAAUAUUGGCCGGAAUUCCUAAAACUCCACGAGCUUUGCCUAAUAACAACAGGGGACGUCCUCCCGUUACUUUAACCGGUGGUCAAUACAGGUCUCCCGCUCACGAACUUUCGACAAUUGUUGAAUUCGACACUCCCGACACGGCGGAGCGAAGUCAAGUUAGCGUGAAAACAUCUCCAUCAAAGGCAAAAAGAAGUCUUACUUCUGACAUAACAUCCCCAUCAGUGAGUCCCUCUAAAAAAUCUACCUUUAAAAAACCCUUAGAAUUACCAAAUUCAAAUUUUCCAAUUUCCAAAAAUUCCACUAACACCACUAAACCUUCCGUUCAUGUUGCUCCAUUGCCCAGUCAUCGAACACCAGAAACAACACCCAAACGAUCACAAAUUCAAAAAUCACCAACUCAACUAUUCCCCGGAAAAUCACUCCUACCUCGAAGAGAAACAAAAACAUUUGACGCCUUUGCCCUGCCAAAGAAGAACGAAAAUUAUCAAUCAUACUCAUCGGUGCGUGAAAUGAAGAAAAACGACAAAUUUCAAAUCGAAACAAUACCAAGAGACGAAAAUGACGCAUCGGCUCUAAAUACAAAUAAUAACGAAUUUAAAAAACCCAGUUCAACAAGUUCAAAUAGUUUUUCCCCACUAUCGGGAAUUUCGGAAAUUGUCAGUACGCCCUCGUCGGAUUUUCUAAAAUGCGCAUCAUCGCCCGAGGAAAUGGAGAGAACACUCAAGAAAUUUGGUCUUGGUUGGGCGAUAACAACAUUGAAAAAAACACGCGAAGCUUCGGCUCUAAGUUCAUCGUCAAAUUCCGACGUAACGCCCAUUAUGACAGCGAGAAAAAUUAUCUCGCCAAUCAAAAGACACGCGGAAAAUCUUUAUUUAUAUGGUUUACCCGAUUUUAGUGACGUCUCAUCGAUAUCAGUUAAAGAGGCAAGUAAAAGUACCGAACGAGCUGUACUCCUGAAAGGAAGAACAUCAACGCCAAAUAUGAUGCAUUCCAAUUCCGAUACAACGACAACAAAUUCGUCUUGUAUCAGUCUCAGAGAUCCCAACGAUAGUUUAAUUGCUCCAAAUUUAUUUCUUUCCCACGGAAAGAAGAAUAGAGGAAAACAGACAAAACAUCACUGAUGUUGAAAAUUUUUCAAGUAAUUUUUUUACUUAUCGAUUACCAUCUUUUGUUUUUGCCUCUUAAAGAAGAAUCGGAUGAAAAAUUAGUCGUAUUUUCAAAAAAAAAUAAAAAAAUUAUUAAAUUGCCAAUUUAACUAAUAGGAAAAUAAAAAGUCAGACUAAUUUUUUUUCCUUACAAGUCUUCCUUAAUGGUGUCAAAAAAUUGUAAAGAAUAAAUUUUAAUACUAUUAUAUAAUUUUAAUACGCUACGAAAAGUGAGUGAGUUUUGAAGUGUAAAAAUGUGUUCAUUAUUGAGAAUAUAUAAAAAAGAUCGUAUAUAUUUUUAGUUACAAUUGUUUUCAAACUGCCGAAAAUUUAUUCAAGACUCGAUUUUAUAUCAAUUUGUGGAUCAAAUUGAUCUUUGUAAUUCACUUGAUAAUUGAAUAGAUUUCCGGUUUUAUGAUCUUUAUUAUUACAUUUCGAUCUUGUUAAUAAUCUGUACACUUUUUUUAAAUAUACUAUA